AUGGACUUUCUCAAGUCAGCUGUCGCGUCUGCGAUCGCAAAGGGAAGCUCGUUCCCAGUGUCGCUGGGUGAUCGCGUGGAUAUUGGCGACUCUAUUUGGGCACUUCACAACGGAACAAGAAGGUCAAAGUUCAAGUUUCUAAUAGUUCAUGUGUCUGUACAGGAAGACGGUUCCAAUUGCAGCGUAUUUACAUUUGAUAUUGGGGCGAACAAGUCUCGACUCCCUAUCGCGAAAAAUGCAGUGCGCAAAUAUAGAACGCUGAGACACCCCGGUGUAAUCAAGGUUUUGGACACAAUUGAGAACGAGACGAAUCUGUACAUCAUAACAGAACGAGUUGUUCCGCUUCAGUGGCACGUAAAGCGACGCAGCAUAAGCGAGGAGACUGCCAAAUGGGGUAUAUACGCGAUUUCUUCAACCCUCAAAUUUAUUAACGAGGAUGCGUCUUCUGUACACGGUGCGGUUCGUGCAUCCUCGAUCUAUACAAGUGAAAGUGGAGAAUGGAAGCUUGGCGGGUUCGAUAUCUUAAGCUCAAUGAAGGAGGAUGAUGCUAUCAUCUAUACUUAUGGAAGCCUGGUCCCUGAUGCAGCACGCUUCACUCCUCCGGAGGUCGUAAAGGGUGGUUGGGAGGCCAUCAAGCGUCAUCCACUGGCUGCAGUGGAUGCGUACGGACUCGGUAUCUUGAUAUUUGAGGUGUAUAAUGGCAACUGCUCUGGCGGAGACCAGGUUGGGAAGACAACGAAUAUUCCUCCAACAAUGCAACAGAGCUACAAGCGGCUUUGUGCCGCCAACCCCAAACUGCGCCUCAGCCCGGCACACUUUGUGGAGCAGGGGAAGAAACAGGGUGGCUUCUUUCAGACGCCAUUGAUCCGAUUGACAGAGGACAUGGAGAGCUUAGGGCUCAAGACGGAUGCUGAACGUGAGGAGUUCAUCAAGUCAGUGUCUGAACUUCAAACAUCGCCAUGUACUCUGAAAGCUAAUACGAGCCAUAGUGAACUCGAUAAUUUGUCAGAUGAUUUUCCUGAGGAUUUCUUCAAGAUGAAAGUCCUGCCUGAGCUGCUCAAGUCUGUUGAGUUUGGCGGCGGUGGGCCUAAAGUGCUGAACGCUAUCUUAAAGAUUGGAUCGAAACUGUCAGCAGAUGAAUUCAACCUCAAACUGACACCAGCAAUCGUUCGUCUGUUCGGGAAUCCUGAUCGUGCUAUACGGGUGUGUCUAUUAGACAGUUUACCCCUGAUGAUCGAUAAUUUGCCACAAAAGGUUGUCAACGACAAGAUUUUCCCACAAAUAACAUCUGGCUUUACGGAUGUUGCACCUGUGGUUCGUGAGCAGACUGUCAAAGCAGUUCUGCCGAUCAUCAAUAAGCUCAGUGACAGAGUCAUCAACGGAGACUUGCUCAAAUUUCUCGCGCGCACAGCCAACGAUGAACAGCCCGGUAUCCGUACAAAUACCACUAUUUGUUUGGGUAAAAUUGCCAAGAAUCUGGGUCAAAGUACCCGUUCCAAAGUUCUUAUUGCUGCUUUCGGAAGAUCCAUACGGGAUCCUUUCGUACAUGCCCGAAACGCUGCACUUCUCGCUCUUGCUGCCACGAUAGACUCUUUUACAGAAGACGAUUGCGCGAACAAAAUCCUGCCAGCGAUCUGCCCUGCGCUUCUGGACAGGGAGAAACUUGUCCGCGACCAAGCAAACAAAACUCUCGAUCUGUACGUUCAGAGAGUCCGGAAAUUUGCCAGUACCAUGCCCGAAACGGCCAUUCAAGCGCCUACAGUAUCAGCCAAUGAGCCUCCCAAAUCAGAUGCUCGCAUCGGUAACUCAAGUGACAAGUCCUGGGCUGGUUGGGCCAUUUCCUCUUUCACCAAUAAACUUGCCGCCGCAGACGGUCAGAUUGCAACCGCGGCGACGGCUGUCAGCCAGGCAGAAGAAAUUCCUCGAUCGGCCUCUGUUCCGCAACCCGCAAGUCUCUCACAAACACACCCCGUCGAGCCCUUCAACAAACCACUUCGGAAACUUGCGCAUCCUCUAGCCAGGUCACAGUCCGAUAGACCGGCGCCGGUAGUUCAGGAACAGGAUGACUGGCACGAAGCCGACGAUGGAGAGGAUGUAUUCGAUGCCUGGGGGGCUAUCGACGGGGACGAAGAGGACGGUGCGGAUGCUUUUACUGACGCCGUGUCCUCUCCUCGGCCGUCCCUUUCAAAUUCUACAUCGAAAGCCUCUGCAGCCCCCUAUGACGACGGAGGCGAACCUGACUUCGCUGGCUGGUUGGCAGCGAAGAAUCAGUCAAAGACCAAAAAUGCGCUACCCAAAGGGCUGUCCAAGUCUUCGACCACACCAAAGCCAACUGUGAAACCUAAAGCUGUCGCACCGCCCAAGAAGAUUGAUACAAAACCAAAGGACGAAGACAUUGACGAUGGAUGGGGCGAUGCUUGGGAUUGA